CGAUGAAUAUGUAGCGACUUCUCGAAAGAACGCAUGAUCGUGGCCGCUGGAAGACAAAUUUAGCACUUCGCAAAAGUAGUUUUUCAAGCAACCUAAGCAGUGCCUCGCGUAAUCAAAGCAUUUUGAACGAAGCAGCAGCACACCUAGCGAACUCGUACACACUGAUAAAUUCAAAAUGUCCGCCAGUGGCGCGCUGCGUUGCCUACACGUGAGCGGCUUUCCUCGCGCACCCGCGUCUGUAUUGUCCGAUGAGGAGAUUGGUGCUUUGUUGCUGUCCCAUUUGGCGGUGCACAACAUCGACAGCACUGCAGGGACUGUACUACCAGACGAGGAGGCCAGUGGUACUGAAGCUGCACCAAGUAAACCGGAAUCACACGAAUCGCAUCCCUCGCCACCUUCGAGCACAACCUGCUCAAGAACCGCCGCGCUCUCACAACAAGAGCAGCACUGGCAGGACCACUUCGACCUGCGUGUGGUGCGGGACCGCGAGACUACUGCGUGCAAGGGCUACGCGUUCGUCACACUGCUCGGGAAAACCGAUGAGGAGCAGGAGCGAUUUCGAAACUGUGUGA